AUCAAUGAAAACAAAUUUUAUACUUUUUUAAUGUUGCCAUAACAAUUUUUGUUUCUUUUACUGUCAACAGCUGUCAAAGAGCUCCAAAAUGGUGCAGCGGCUUACUUUCAGGCGACGAUUGUCGUACAAUACAAAGUCAAAUCAAAGGAGAAUAGUGAGGACACCUGGUGGCCGCCUUGUCUACCAAUAUGUAAAGAAGGCGAAGAAGAUCCCAAGAUGUGGUCAGUGCAAGAGCAAACUGAGGGGUAUCCAGCCCGCCAGGCCCGCUGAGAGGUCUCGCCUGUGCUACCGCAAGAAGACCGUGAAGCGCGCGUACGGAGGAGUUCUCUGCCACAAGUGCGUCAAGCAGCGCAUCGUCAGGGCCUUCCUCAUUGAGGAGCAGAAGAUCGUGAAGGUUCUCAAGGCACAGCAGGCAGGCAUUCAGAGAAGCACUGGUGGUACCGCUGCCAAGAAAUCCGCAAAGUAAACUAUUUCUUAGGACCUAAAUAAAACUGUAAAACACA